UUUCUAACAUUUAAAAUGCUUUACCAUAACGAAAGCUUGGUAAAAUCGCUUUUAUUCGUUGCAUUAAUAUGCACAUUCAUUUAUCACAAUGAUGGACAAGCGAAUCCUAGAGCUUCUACAAAAAUUUCAUCUAUUAAAAGCUUCUAUAACAAUGAGUUCGAUAAUGUAAACUUGGAUGAAAUACUGAAUCAAGACCGUUUGCUUAACAAUUAUAUUAAAUGCCUUGAAAAUGAAGGGCCUUGCACACCCGAUGGCAAAAUGCUGAAAGAAAUUCUUCCUGACGCAAUGCUAACUGAUUGCUCGAAAUGUACAGAAAAACAAAAGAAUGGCGCUGAGAAAGUUACAAGUCAUCUGAUUGAUAACCGACCAAAGGAUUGGGAAUUUCUUGAAAAAAUUUAUGAUCCUAUGGGAUCCUAUCGCAUAAAAUACCAAAAAAAAAAAGAAAACAUUUAGGUUUAAAAACACUUUUGUAAAAAAAUUAAUUUGAAUGAUUCGUUUCGUGAAAAUAAUUUAUAUAUUUAAAAUUUUCGUGUCACAAUUUUUGUUACCAUACGCCUCCGAGACGGCUAUACGAUUCUCAUGAAAUUUUGAGAGCGUAUUGAGUAGGUCUGAGAAUCCGCCAACAUCUAUUUUUCAUCCUCUUAAAUCCUGUUCGACUUACCAAAAAUCGCAUAUAAAGUGAGUUACUACCUCAUCACACUAACAAACUCACGCUACCAUAGCAUUUUAACUCAAUUUAAACUGAAGCAAAAAUCCAUCAUUAAGUAAAUACAUUAAUUCUAUUAAGGGGAGGCUAAGGUAUUAACUUUUUUUUUCAUUUU